GAUACCACUGAAUCAGAAUUUCAACCUCGUGUUCUUAUUAAAAAAUUUAAAAAAUGGACAAGCACUCAUGAUAUUUAUACUUUGAAAAAAAUCAUUGAAGAUAACAAAAUAUCUCAUAAAAUGUUAGUUGAGUCUAUUGAAUUGUUAGCUGAUUCAUCCGCAUUUAAAUAUUAUAGCGUUGAGGCUGUCUCUGAGUUAGUAUCACAUAUUCGUACCUUUGUUUCUCUCAUAGAAGUAGCUUGUAAAAGUGAAAUUCGGAUUAGUCAUGAUUUGAGAGAAAACAUUUAUUCCCAAUUAGGAAAAUUUGCUGAGAUACAUUUUCGAUCAACAGAAGUUAAUGAAGAAGGUUUUAAUAAAGUGUUUAAAUCACAAUUUGAGGAUUUUAAUCCACAUUCAAAUGAUAGUAAAAUUCAUAAAGAUGGAAAACGUAAUUACAAUAUUGAUUUCUUGUUGUUACACUUACGAGAUACUCUUCAUUGUAUUAGAGAUGAUGAAAAUAAAUUUUUGGAAAUAUGGAACAGAGUAAAAUCAAUUCUUCGCAUAAUAUUAGGUAUUGCUUCAGGAUCUACAAAAGCUGGAAUUUCAUAUGGAGCAGACUUACCUAUAAACAAUGGUAUAGAAUUAUUGUUUAAGUGUUUACAAGAAGCCUUUAAUUGGAAGUAUCCAAUUUCUUCAUGGUAUUAUGAAUGGAGAACAUUACUUGAACUAUAUUUUAAUAUUCAAAAUUUUCUUCAAGAAUGUUCACUUUCUUUAAAAUAUGGUGAAAGUCUAUUACUUGAAUGCUUAUGGCAUUGUGUAUCAAGAAGUUGGUCAAAUCCAAUAUAUCAAUCAGAGUAUCUUAUAAACCAAAAGCAUUUUAUUAAUAAUCUUUUAGGUAAAGAACCUCUUGCAUUUCUGCAUUCUUUAUGGUUUGGAGCUCUUGAUAUUAUGCAAGAUUUAAUUGCAAAAACUCAAAAAGAUUCAACAUUAGGUAUUUGUUAUUAUUUAGCAUUAGAAUCUUUGCAAAAAGUACCAUUAUCAUUUAUUCGUUUCAAGGCUACUGAAGUUCUAAUUAAAUUGUCAAAAAGAAAUAUGCUAUUUUACAACAUUAUUAAAAAUGAUUUUAAAGAUUAUAAAUACUCUUUAAAUUCAGUUGAAGGGUUAAAGUUUGAUCAUAUGAGUGAAGCAAUUCAUGUAAAAACUUCUCAAGAUGAAAAAUUAGUAGAUAUUAGCAAAAGUAAUAUAAGUAAUUUAAAGAAUAAAAGAAGGGCUAUUACAACAUAUGGCUUAAUAUCACCUUAUUCCAUAACUCCAAGUGAUGACUUGAUUUCAGAUAUUGUCACUACAGAAUUAUCUUGCCCAGUAACUUAUCAAAUUUUAAACAAUUUUCAAAUUUUACCCUCAAUUUAUCAAGGAAUCCGUAAUCGAUUGCCUGAAGACAAUAAUGAUGCUCAAAAUCACAAAAAUAUUUCUAAUGAAAGUAGUGAUGAUGAAGAAAUUAAUAUCUCUAAACUCAAAUUUCAACAAACAUUUAAAAUAUCUGAUUCAACAGUAAAAAGAUUUUUUAAAGCAUCCAAAUUUUUUCACCCAUCUUUAAGAAAAGCAAAUACAGCAUAUAAAUCAGGAGAACUUGAAACUGCUAUUAAUGCACUUACAGAAAUUCUUGAAGAAUAUCCCACAAGCUAUUCUUUACAAUGUCAUCAGGCCAAA